CGCCCUGCCCGAGGACUGGCAGAGAGACGGCAAUAUGGCGAGAAUGCCUGGCAGCGGGGACUGUAACACCAGCGCGGGCGGCAGCGCCAGCGCCGCCGCCGCGGAGAACAAUGGGGAGCGGGGCGAGUGCGAGCGAAGUGCGGGGGGCCGCGGCCGCCGCCACGGCCGCCCGCACUACUGCAGCGCGGGCGAGGAGGAGGAGGAAGAGGAGGAGGAGGAGGACGAGAUCCAGGAGGUGCAGAUAACGGGGGACGAGGAGGAGGAGGACGGAGGAGGCGGAGGAGCAGUCAGCGCCGAGCUGGACCCCGACGUGCUGCAGCGCCCCGAGCGGGCCCGGCUGAGCGAGAACACCCGGCUGGCCACCCGCUACGCGGUGCGCAUCUUCCGGGAGUACCUGAGCGAGAAGGCGCAGAGCCCGGACUUCGAGACCAUGGACAAGGGGGCGCUGUGCCGCGUGCUGCGCUCCUUCUACGCCGAGGCCCGCUCCAAGAGCGGCCAGCUCUACAGCAAGUCCUCGCUCAUCAGCAUCCGCAGCUCCCUCAACCGCUACCUCAACGAGCCCCCGUACUGCCGCACGCUCGACCUCACUAAGGACCCCGAGCUGCGCAGCGCCAACCUGACGCUGGCCGCGGUCAUCCGCAAGCUCGAGGAGCAGGGCGCGGGGCCGGUGGUGCAGAAGCAAGCCAUCACGCGCGCCGACCUGCGCAAGCUCUACACUUCCAGCGUCUUCAGCACCAACACGCCCUUUGGGCUGCUCAACAAGGUCUGGUUCGAGACGUGCAUGUACUUCUGCACGCGCGGCCGAGAGAACCAGCGCGAGCUGGAGGAGGACUCUUUUGGGCUGGCCAUGGACGAGGACGGCCGCAAGUUCGUCUACUUUAAGUCCCUCGGGCCCUACCACAAGUCGCGCUCUUCCUCGUGGAGCAAGAAGCGCGCAGAGAGCAGCGACGAGGAGAACUUGCCCCGCAUGUACGAGACGGGCACCGAAUUCUGCCCCUAUGCCAGCUUCGUCAAGUACCUGUCGAAGCGCAACCCCCUCUGCAAAGCAUUCUUCCAGCGGCCCCGGGACCACUGCAGUGAGGGCGAUGUAACCUGGUACGAGAACAAAGCCAUCGGCAAGAACUUGCUGGGCACCAGGAUGCAGAUGCUCUCUAAGGCGGCCAAGCUCUCCAAGACCUACACCAACCACUGCAUAGGCGCCGUCUCCAUCGCCACGCUCAAUAGCAUAGCUGGCAUUGGCACCAAACUGGGCUCGCCUGCCCCUCAGGGCUGCUACUCCGAAGCUCUGAACGGGGCGGCCCGCCACCACUCCCACCACCCCUCAACCCAUCCCUCCCACCACCACCGCCCCCAGCCAUCCUCGUUGGGCAACACCUAUAUCCUUCCCAAAGACAGCCAGGUCGGGCCCGACGUGAAAUCCGAGGCUGCGCCCAAGCGCGCCCUGUACGAGUCGGUGUUCGGGUCGGGGGAAAUCUGCGGCCCUUCUUCCCCCAAACGACUUUGUAUCCGACCCUCCGAGCCUGUGGAUGCGGUGGUGGUGGUUUCGGUGAAACACGACCCCCUGCCUCUUCUGCCAGAAGCCAAUGGGCACAGAAGCACCAAUUCUCCCACAGUAGUUUCACCUGCUAUUGUUUCCCCCACCCAGGACAGUCGGCCCAAUAUGUCAAGACCUCUGAUCACUAGAUCUCCUGCAUCUCCACUGAACAACCAAGGCAUUCCUACUCCAGCACAACUCACAAAAUCCAAUGCGCCCGUCCACAUUGACGUGGGCGGCCACAUGUACACCAGCAGCCUGGCCACCCUCACCAAAUACCCAGAAUCAAGAAUCGGAAGACUUUUUGAUGGUACAGAACCCAUUGUUUUGGACAGUCUCAAACAGCACUAUUUCAUUGACAGAGAUGGACAGAUGUUCAGAUAUAUCUUGAAUUUUCUACGAACAUCAAAACUCCUCAUUCCCGAUGAUUUCAAGGACUACACUUUGUUAUAUGAAGAAGCAAAAUAUUUUCAGCUUCAGCCUAUGUUGUUGGAGAUGGAAAGAUGGAAGCAGGACAGAGAAACUGGUCGCUUUGCCCGGCCCUGUGAGUGCCUAGUGGUGCGUGUUGCCCCAGACCUUGGAGAAAGGAUCACACUCAGCGGUGACAAAUCCUUGAUAGAAGAAGUAUUUCCAGAGAUUGGGGAUGUGAUGUGUAACUCUGUCAACGCAGGCUGGAAUCACGACUCAACACACGUCAUCAGGUUUCCACUGAACGGCUACUGUCACCUCAAUUCAGUCCAGGUCCUCGAGAGGUUGCAGCAAAGAGGAUUUGAAAUCGUGGGCUCCUGUGGAGGAGGAGUGGAUUCAUCUCAGUUCAGUGAAUACGUCCUGCGGCGGGAACUGAGGCGGACGCCCCGGGUACCCUCUGUCAUCCGGAUAAAGCAAGAGCCUCUGGACUAAAUGGACAUGUUUCUUAUGCAAAAAGGAAAAAAAAAUAAACAAAAAGGGACAUUUAUGUGCAGUUGGGACAGCAAACCAAGUUCUGGACCUAAAAUUGAAUAAAAGACACAUUUAUAUCCAAUAGAGACCACACCUGUAUUCAUAUGGGAACAAUUGGAAUAGUGAUAUUCUCAAGGUGUAAAAAAUAUAAAUAUAUAUAUAUAUAUAUAUGUCAAAAGGUAGGAAAUGCGAAAAAAAGAAAAAAAAAAGUGGUAGCUACAGUUGGUGCUGUGAUGGCCGUGAAGUGUCCUGGCCUCUCAAGGCCUCUGACCAAUAAGCCAUGAGCAGUGAGGACGCAUCUCCUUACAGUUUUCCAUUGCCAACAGCCAUCCAUUGUUAUUUUUUCCUUUGUCUUUCUUUUUACUUUUUUUUAACCACAUUGGAGUUUCUUUGCAUUUGGAGGUUUCCUCUCUCUUUAGGCAGGACCUGACAGGACUUCAGAAAAACUCUCAUGAGCACAUUGCAUUCAAAAGACGCUAGACAUGAAAUUUUAAAUGUAGUUUGUACAAAAGUCACCGUUUUUGUCCACCUCACAGAUGUUAACAUGACUUUGUUUUUAAACUGAUCAGUUUUGCAAAGGGGCCAGAAUUAUUACUUGUUAGAAUUGCUCCAGUUUGAGUCUGCUGCUUUCCUACAAUUUUUCAAAUUUUAUAAUGUAUUAAAUACAAUAAACUCUGUUUAAAAAAUAAGUUCUGUGUGAAACACACUUGUUGGAACGAGGUUGAAUUAAAAUGAAAUUUUUCUUUUUCUUUUU